AUGCGGCGUCUGACUCGCCGCCUGGUGCUGCCGAUCUUCGGGGUUCUCUGGAUCACCGUGCUGCUGUUCUUCUGGGUAACCAAGAAGAAGUUGGAGGUGCCGGCGGGACCUGAAGUGCAGACCCCCAAGAUUCCGGAUGCUGACUGGGAUGACCUAUGGGACCAGUUUGAUGAGCGGCGGUAUCUGAAUGCCAAGAAGUGGCGCGUCGGUGAUGACCCCUAUAAGCUGUAUGCUUUCAACCAGCGGGAGAGCGAGCGGAUUGCCAGCAGCCGGGUGGUCCCAGACACUCGCCUUUUCAGAUGCACCCUGCUGGGGUACUGCACGGACCUCCCUCCCACCAGCAUCAUCAUCACCUUCCACAACGAGGCCCGCUCCACCCUGCUCAGAACCAUCCGCAGCAUAUUAAACCGCACCCCUAUGAAUCUCCUCAAGGAAAUCAUAUUAGUCGAUGACUUCAGCAGUGACCCCGAGGACUGCAGACAGCUCCUCAAGCUACCCAAGGUGAAAUGCUUACGCAAUAACGAGCGGCAAGGUCUGGUGCGGUCCCGGAUCCGGGGUGCCGAUGUUGCCCAGGGCACCACCCUGACUUUUCUCGACAGCCACUGUGAGGUGAACAGGGACUGGCUCCAGCCCCUGCUGCACAGGGUCAAAGAGGACUACACGCGGGUGGUGUGCCCCGUGAUCGAUAUCAUCCACCUGGACACCUUCAACUACAUCGAGUCGGCCACGGAACUUAGAGGGGGGUUUGACUGGAGCCUCCAUUUCCAGUGGGAGCAGCUCACACCAGAGCAGAAGGCUCGGCGCCUGGACCCCACUGAGCCCAUUAGGACUCCAAUCAUAGCUGGAGGGCUCUUCGUGAUGGACAAAUCCUGGUUCGACUACCUGGGGAAAUAUGACAUGGACAUGGACAUCUGGGGCGGGGAGAACUUCGAAAUCUCCUUCAGGGUGUGGAUGUGCGGGGGCAGCCUAGAGAUCGUCCCCUGCAGCCGAGUGGGCCACGUCUUCCGGAAGAAGCACCCGUAUGUUUUCCCAGAUGGAAAUGCCAACACGUAUAUAAAGAACACCAAGCGGACAGCUGAGGUGUGGAUGGAUGAAUACAAGCAGUACUAUUAUGCUUCCCGGCCGUUCGCCCUGGAGAGACCCUUUGGAAAUAUUGAGAGCAGAUUGAACCUGAGGAAGAACCUGCAGUGCCGGAGCUUCAAGUGGUACCUGGAGAACGUCUAUCCGGAACUCAGAGUACCCAAGGACUCCUCCAUCCAGAAGGGCAGCAUCCGACAGAGGCAGAAGUGCCUAGAGUCUCAAAAGCAGAAAGACCAAGAGAUCUCCAACCUCAAGUUAAGCCCCUGUGUCAAGACUGAAGACAAGGAUGCAAAGUCCCAGAUCUGGGCCUUCACAUACACCCAGCAGAUCCUCCAGGAGGAGCUGUGCCUGUCAGUCAUCACCUUGUUCCCUGGCGCCCCGGUGGUUCUUGUCCUUUGCAAGAAUGGAGAUGACAGACAGCAAUGGACCAAGACUGGUUCCCGCAUCGAGCAUGUGGCAUCCCACCUCUGCCUAGACACAGACAUGUUUGGCGAUGGCACUGAGAACGGCAGGGAGAUCGUUGUCAAUCCGUGUGAGUCCUCACUUAUGAGCCAGCACUGGGACCUGGUGAGCUCUUGAAGAUCCGUGUCGGAACCGGCGGGGGCCGUGGAGUGGUGCUUCCCCGGAUGAGAAUCGGACUGGAAACCAGGCUGCAGGCAGCCCCGAACUACUGCAGAAGCCCUGAAUGGGGAGGCGAAGGCAGAGCCCCCCCCAGGACAGGAACGGCUGUCAGGGAGGAUGCAGGAAGAGACUCCAAGCAAAGAGCAACUCAGAGACAGACAGAUCCCCGUGUUCUCAAGGCCGUUAAGUUCCAGUCCUGGCUGGGUCUGCCCCUGCACGGUACCUGGAGGCAGAGAUCCGAUGGGAAGUGUUGAUGUGGUUCCCUGUCUUAACGAAAGAGGCCAGAGAGAGCAGCCUUCGUCGUCACUAGGCCAGGACUCGACUGAGAGACGAAGGGCGGAGGUGCUUUUCAAAACAAAUAAAGGAACCGUGGAAGUUC